AUGACUUUUGAAAAACUUGGUGUAUGUCCUGAAAUUGUUGAGUUGCUACGAGAUAAAGGGAUUAAUACACCUACGGAAGUUCAAGAAGGCUGCAUUCCAAUAAUUUUGGAAGGAAACGAUGUAGUAGCAUGUGCAAAAACUGGUUCUGGAAAAACAGCAGCAUUUUUGAUCCCCAUACUUCAGUCACUAAUGACGGAACUCAAACCAUUAUAUGCUCUAAUAAUUACUCCAACAAGGGAGUUGGCGCAUCAAAUUGGUGAACAAGCCGCUGGGUUAAAUUUAAUCCAAGGUGAACCACUAUGUAACGUAUUGGUGAUAACUGGUGGAAGAAACAUAGUUCAUCAGAGUAUUGACUUGGCUCGAUCUCCACAUAUUAUCGUUUCUACUCCUGGACGGUUGGCUGAUCUUUUGCGCACCCAGAUAGCCGCACAAGAAGCUGAUACUGAGAAUAAGCCAGAAUGGACCUUAUCCAGAACAAAAGUGGUGGUUCUAGACGAAGCAGAUAGACUGUUGGAAGAUAAUUUUGGUGAAGAUUUAAACACUAUAUUGAAAGCACUUCCGAAACGUCGUCAAACGUUACUUUUCAGCGCUACAUUCAGUGGUGCAGUCAAGUCUUCCUUAGAGGCUGCAAAGUCAGUAGCCUACGCUGAAAACAGGCGCCUUCCUAUUUUAUGGCAACCUGAAUGCAUGACUACGUGUUCAUCUACAGGGGCCGUAACUGUCGAGACCUUAAGUCAGUAUUAUAUUCUGAUGCGCCCUGAACACAAAGAAGCAUUUUUGGUUCAUACUGUCGAUCAAUUUCUUUCUGAGAAUCCACAUUCACUGAUUAUGAUUUUUACAAAUAAAUGUAAAUGGUGCCAUCUUAUUGGAUUAAUGAUGACUAGUCUAGGUAUUAAAACAACCUUACUUCACUCCUCUAUGACUCAGAAAAACCGCAUAUCUUCGUUGACUCUUUUUCGUUCUAGUCAGAUUCGUGUUCUGAUUGCAACAGACCUGGCAAGCCGUGGACUUGAUUUUCCAACAGUUGAUAUUGUAAUUAAUCAUAAUGUUCCUAUUCGACCUAAAGAUUAUGUUCACCGAGUAGGCCGGACUGCUCGGGCUGGGAAAGCUGGUUUAGCAUUGACAUUGUGUGACCUUUUUGAAGUAAAACGUUUAAAAGCUAUCCAAACAUUUAUCAAUAAGGAAUUGAAGACAUUUGAUGUGAACGAAAAAAAAGUAGCUCAAAUAAUUGCCGAAGUGUCUAUCGCUCGUCGUGAUGCAGAACGCAAACUAGAUGAAAUCAGAUUCGAUGAGAAGCGUGAAAUCAAUAAGGCAAAAAAUCUGAUGAAGGCCAGAACGUCGAAAACUCUAAAUAAAACUGAGAAUCUCACUUCCUAA